CCGUGUUGCCCAGGCGAUACUGGUUCCUUCUGGAAUUACGGAAAGGUUCACGGCUAGAUGUUACAUGUAUUUUAUUAAGAUGCAUUUUUUGUAAAAUAUCUUACCUAAAGAUUUAAAAGGCGUCAUCUGUGCUUAUAGGUAGUUCUGCUUAUUUCCCUUCUGUGGCACCUAGCACAUAUACAAGAAAUGCUAUUCCCUGAUUGUACCUGACUACUUGCCCUGUGCUAACAGCAAAUGUCUUCAGUUUCAAUUCUUGAUUUUCAUCAUCUUCUAGGACCUUGGUGAGCUGCAUUUCUUUUAUGUGCUACAUUUAAGUGCCUGAUGUCUCCUUUCUCAGCAAGCCACCCAUCACAGGACAUUUAAACCAUGGCUUUCCACAGCAGAAUUGAUUCCCCCGAAAUCCCUAAAUUCUCUGACCUUAAAAGACUGGCCUGUGACCAACUCAUCUAUCUUCUAGAACAGUUGCCAGGAAGGAAAGAUCUUUUUAUUGAAGCUGAUUUGAUGAGCCCCUUAGAUCGCAUUGCCAAUGUUUCCAUUUUAAAGCAACAUGAAGUAGACAAGCUUUACAGACUAGAUAACAAGCCUGUUAUUAGCAGCUGUGAUCAACUAUGUUUUCUGAUUCGUCCUCAUAUCCAAGCUGUAAAGUGGAUUAGUGAGAUUGUAAAUUCUGACAAAAUCACUGGAAAAUGUAGAAAGUACAAGAUCAUAUUUUGCCCACAAAAGUUUUAUGUAUGUGAAGCAGUUCUAGAGGAACAGGGUGUCUUUGGAGAUGUGACCUGUGAUGAAUGGGAGUUUUACUUUCUGCCACUGGAUGAUGACAUCAUUAGUCUUGAGCUGCCAGAGUUUUUCAGGGACUACUUUCUGGAUGGUGACCAACGGUGGGUUUUUGCUACGGCAAAAGCCCUGCAUUAUUUUCACUCCCUCUUUGGACUUCCACUAAAGGUUUAUGGGAUUGGAAAAUGUGCCAAGAUGACUUAUGAAAUGUGGCGACAGUUUAUUGAAGAAGGGGAGAAGAAACUUAGUACUGACAAGACUGGAAAUCUAUUCAUUUUUGAUAGAGAUGUGGACUUUGUUACCCCACUGUGCUCACAGGUUGUAUAUGAAGGACUACUUGAUGAUGUUUUCAGGAUUAAGUGUGGAAGUGUUGAGUUAUGUUCAGAUGUCACUGCCUCAGACAAAACAAUUAAAGUAUUGUUAAACUCUCAAGAUAAGGUUUUUAAUGAAAUUCGAAAUGAACACUUUUCCAACGUCUUUGGAUUUCUUAGUCAGAAAGCCAAGAAUCUUCAAACUGCUUAUGAUAAACGACAAGGAAUGGAUAUAAAACAGAUGAAGAAUUUUGUCUCUCAGGAGCUAAAAGGCUUAAAACAGGAGCACCGCUUAUUAAGUCUUCAUAUCAGUGCCAGUGAGUACAUCAUGAAAAGAAAAACAAAGCUGGAUUUUCAAGAAUUACUAAAAGUAGAACACUCUCUGCUUGAUGGUUUUAAUGUUAGAGAGAGCAUCAGCUACAUUGAAGAACACAUUAUUCGACAGAUUUCUAUGUUUGAGAGUUUGAGAUUACUGUGUCUACUUUCUCUGACUGAGAAUGGUUUGGUUUCUAAAGAUUAUCGGUCCCUUAAAUCCCAAUACCUACAGAGUUAUGGAAUAGAACAUGUCCUUACUUUUGCCAACUUACGUCAGAUGGGACUUUUGGUUGAGCAGCAACCUGGAGAGACAUUCACUGCCAUGGAGAGUACUGGAAAACUAGUUGCUGACAAAGCUGUAGGGAAGUUAACAGAUGCAUUUUCAUCUUUGGCAAAGAAGAGCAAUUUUCGCGCUUUAAGCAAGAAGCUGACACUGAUUCCAAAGUCUAAUGAGGAAUAUGACCUGCAUUCCCCACCAGAUAUGGCCUAUAUAUUUAGCGGAGCUUACAUUCCUUUGAGCUGUAAACUAAUAGAACAGGUUCUGGAACGAGAUGGCUGGAAUGGCCUAGAGGAGGUUGCAAGAAUGCUUAAUGGAAACGAGUUUGCAGUUGCAGCGGGUGGAGGUGGCGCUGGUGAGUCUAAGCCCAAACCACAGUCUAGCAGAUUAAUGUUUGUCAUAUUUUUGGGUGGCUGCACUUUCUCAGAAAUAUCAGCCCUUAGGUUCCUGGGAAAACAAAAAGGAUACAAGUUCAUUAUCAUAACAACUGCAAUUACCAAUAGCAGCCGGUUGCUGGAAAGUCUGAAUGAUGGGCAUUCAUAACCUGGAAACAAUGACCAAAAUUGUCUGCAACAUGAAUCUUCACAUCCUGGUGAAUACAAGUGAAACUUCACUGAUGUAGUUGCAUAAUGAACCUUCUAAGACAGGAACAUCUGAAUAAGAUGAUUACCAUUGGUUUGAUUUUAAUAUUUAUAUUUGAAGGUGUGGAAGAUGGAAUACAUAAAUAUGAAUAACAAAACAUUACCUGUUAAUAUUUGGAUCCUGUUGAAUCCUGUUGAGUGUUAUGUUUUCAGUAAGCAAUAAAAGUGUUAAUCAAAUACUGAAAAUACAUAAAUAUAUUUGAUGUUUGCCUGCAAUUAUUUACCAAAUUAAUUGUGAUGAAGGUACCAUAUGUUUGAGGCUUCUUUUGGAUGCUUUGUUUUAGCAGGCAAAUACAUCUAUAUAGUCACCCGGCAGAUAAUCUAUAUGGUUUUUGAGCCAAAGUUGUAUAGAUACACUACAUAUUAUUAACAAUAAUUUUUAAUUGUCCAGACAUAUAACCAGUGUAUGCCAGACUAUGAAAAUAUAGAACCCAGGGGUUUUAUUAGCUAAAAUGAAAAGGAGGAUUAGUUGAUUGGCAAACAACAUAUAGCCCACAAAAAUGCCGUAACAAGUCAUAAAAUUAGUUGAUUAUCUAUAUGACAGACUAGCACCUGUUAAAAUUAAAGAAAAAAUAGUGAGAGAAGUCAAUUUGAAGAAGACAGUUAUCUUUGAAAUAACAGUGACUGAGUAUGGAGAAAAGUGCAUCAGUCAAAGCAUACAUGAAUUUUAUAGGCACCUCCUGAAUGAUGAAGCAAGGAUUAGAAAAUAUUUCCAGAUCAGAUAAGGCUAAAAUAAAGAUUAUUAAUAAAAGACAAAGUGUUGGCAGGGCCAUGCAGGCAACAACAUGGUUCUUCUGUAUGCUUUUUAUUUUUCUUUUCUUUUUAUAUAUUUUUUUCUGUUUUUUGCCUAUAUCCUUUUAGUUUAUGUUUUUAUUUUAUUUUUUUAAUUUCAUACAAUAACCUGAGAAAAAUUAGUUCUGUUACAAUUUUUUCUUUUUUUUUUCUAGCAUCUUAGCUGAUAAAUGACUUAAUAUGUGCAGCCAGACCCAUUCCAGCAUAACAUAAAUGCAUACUCCUCUGUGAAGAAAUUGUACAAUUUCCUUUGAAAUGCUGAAAAUAUGAGGUGAUGAAAAGAACACAGUGACUGUAGAAUUAGAUUAAGUAAAAAAAACCUUUAAGAGAGUCUUUUCUGGACCUGCACAAGGUAUCAGGAAUAAGGCAGAGGUAACCUUACCCUGUUCGCUACAAGUUUUGGAGGAUUGUCAGUCUCGAUAGAUCUGUGUUUUGGAAUUUGACAAACAACAAUAGACUCUGCUUCAGAUGUUGAUUUAGAAGGUUUUACUACUGUAAUUAUAGGUUUAAUUUAAUACUCUGGAAAGGUCAGUGUUGGCAAGUGUGGUAUCCAUCAACAAAAAUACCAAAGUUUAUUUUAUGUUACAAUAGAGCAUCAAAUCAACUGAAAUCAACUAAAUUUCAUUGCCAUUCAUUCACGUACAUAAUAAUAGUAUAUGAUUGAACGAAAUUUUGUUCUGGUUCAUAGGCAAAAUGACAUACAUUUAAAAUACACCAUAACAUUACCAAAACCAGAGUAACCAUACAAUACAAGACAAAAGAUGCAGGACUACAAAGCUCAAUAUCAAUAUUAAAGUAAAGAGUGCAAAGUUAUAGUACACAAUUGGGUGACAUGUAGGAGUUUAAAACUCUUGACAGCUUGGGGAAAGAAGCUGUUAUAGGACCUGGCUGUUCUGGUUCUAAUGCUGUGGUAUCUUCUACCUGAUGGCAGGAGGUCAAACAAUGAGUGUGACGGGUAAGCGAUGUCUUGCACAGUGGUGUAGGCUCUAUGCAUACAGCAUGUCUGAAAGAUGUUCUGGAUUGAGGAAAGGGAGACCCAUGUUAUCCUCUUAGCAGUCCUCACUACAUACUGCAGAGUCUUGCGCUCAUGAGCUUUGCUGUUCCCAAACCACAUAGUGAUACAGUUUGUCAGAAUGCUGUCCAGAGUUUCUCUGUGAAAGGUGGUAAGAAUGGCUUGUGGCAAGCUAUUUUGCUUCAGUCUCUGCAGAAAAAGGAGGCGUUGUUGUGCCUUCUUGACAAUAGAGUUGGUGAUGGUUGUCCAGGAGAGAUCAUUAGAGAUAUGCACACCAAGAAACUUGUUAGUGAUUCUCUCCACGGCAGAGCCACUGAUGAGCUGUGGAGAAUAGUCGUUUGAUGUUCUCCUGAAAUCAACAAGCAUCUCUUUUUUUCUUAUUGACAUUUAGAGAGAGAUUAUUUUCACUGCACAUCUAUAGGAUGUGUCAUCAUUGUUGGUGAUGAGGCCCACUAUGGCUGUAUCAUCCGCAAACUUGACAAUGACAUUAAACUCAGACUUGGCAGUGCCGUUUUAGGUGAGCAGCAUGAACAAUAGUGGGCUCAGCCCACAGCCUUGCGGGAAAUCUGUGCUCAGCCUGGUGUUGUUUGAUGUUCUUCUGCCAAUACACACUGACUGUGGUCUCUCUAUCAAAAAGUCCAGAAUCCAAUUACACAGUGGAGUGGCAGUACCAGCAGAGAGAGUUUCCUCGCCAAUAGCUGAGGAAUGAUUGUGUUGAACACCUAGCUGAAGUCAACAAACAGCAUUCUGAUAUACUGUACAUAUCCAUGGUGUUUAGGUGAGACAGAACAGCAUGCAAGGCAUAAGAAAUAGCAUCAUCAGUGUAGCAGUUCAGACGGUAAGCAAACCUGAUUGGGUCCAAUGAGGUUGGAAGGAUGGAGUUGAUGUAUCUUUUGAUCAUCUGUUCAAAGCACUUCAUCAUGAUAGGAGUUAGUGCUAUAGGAUGGUAGUCAUUAAGACACGUCACUGUUGACGUCUUCAGCACUGGAAUAAUAAUGGUCUUUUUUGAAACACGUGGGGACACAGCCUGGCUCAAAGAGAUGUUAAAGAUGGCUGUAAAGACAUCAGGCAGUUGGUCAGCACAGUCUCUAAGCAUACUCCCUGGAAUAUUGUCAGGUCCUACAGCUUUUUGUGGAUUGACUCUAGAAAGUGUCCUUACAUCAGCAGGGUCCAGGCGGAGUGCCUGUUCCUCAAGUGUGGAAGUGGAUUUAUAUGCCCGUGUGUUGUUUUGAGCCUUCCCUGUUAUUGUUGUAGAAACUGUUGCAGUAUAGAUACCUCCAUGUGUGUUCUUUAAGUCCAAAACCAUAAGAAUAUUGUGACUAGAACUAAAAUGAAGAGGACAAACAUUCCUGGAAACACCAGGAUGGACAUUAAAACAAACAUUAGCACUGUACAUGGGAGCCGACGAUUCCGUGUGUCUGAGCGUGCCGACAUGGUCAUGGAUCCAUACACAGCUAAUGGCUAAGAUGGAAGUAGCUGUAAAUUGUACAAGUAUGUGCUGACCAGGCUUUCCAUUAUGGAUGCUAGGGGUCUUUGCCCUCUGUUCCCUUCGCUCGCCAACCCCCCAGGCCAGUGCUACGUGCAAGCCACUUUGCAGUUCUGCCUCUCGUGUAUAGGGAUGCAGAUGUACAAUUUAAACAGAUUGUUAUUUUCAUGUGAAUUGUUACAUAUGCAUAAUAGAACUAAUUAUUUUACAUUACAGCAAGUAAUUAACCAUAUUAAAAAAUAGUAAAACAAUAAUUUGAAAGUAAAUUAUGUUUCAUGUUGUGUUCAAGUUUUUUGUUGCGUUAUACGAUUUUGUUCUGUUUGGCUUUGAAAUUAACACGCAAAUGUUUUAAACUUACACUUUUACUGAAAAACUAUAGUAAAAACAAUUUUUUGAAUUAAUUUUUUGUCAAUAUCUCAUUGAAUUUUGAUUCUGUAUUUGGACUUACAUUGUGACAACCCAAUGUAUAACUGCCCGUGAGAAUAUUUUGUUUCUUUCUCUCUAAUAAACCAACUUUUUCAAA